UUGCUAGGCAACUCCGCCUCCUCCUCUUCCUCCUCCUCCUCCUCCUCCUCCUCCUCCUCCUCCUCACUGUCCGCCAGCGCCGCCCGGACAGGUCUUCAGCUGAGACAAGAAAUGAUGCACUAAGAAGUUCUAAAUGUCCGGGAUUCCCUGGAGGAAAUGCAAACGGUUCAUUUUUGAAGUGUGGAAAAGAAACCUGACUCACAGUUUACAUGUGUAGAUCACUGCGUUACUGUGUCAGCCACUGCCUCUAUGCAGCAAUGACAAAAUUGGAGGAUGCAAACAGAGAAGUGAACAUGCAUUCUUCAAUCCGCUACCUUGGCUAUUUUGCCAAGAUCAACUUGCUGGUAGCCGUAUGCUUGGGCCUCUAUGUAAGAUGGGAAAAGACGGCCGAUGCCCUAAUUUUAGUCAUCUUUAUCCUGGGUCUUUUUGUGCUUGGGAUUGCCAGCAUACUGUAUUACUAUUUUUCCAUGGAGGCAGCGAGUUUAAGUCUCUCUAAUCUCUGGUUUGGAUUUUUGCUCGGCCUCCUGUGCUUCCUGGAUAAUUCCCCUUUCCAGAACGACACGAAAGAAACGGCCACCAAAUAUCUGCUCCUUACAUCCCUGGGGCUGAGGAUACUCUGUGCCUUGGUGGAACGAAGCUGUGGCUGCGUCCGUCACCGCCCCACCCUGCUGACCUCGGUGGAGUUUCUGGAGCUGGUCGGAUUUGCCAUUGCGAGCACGACCAUGCUGGUGGAAAAGUCUCUGAGCGUCAUCCUGCUGGUGGUCGCUUUGGCCCUGCUGAUCGUUGACCUGAGGAUGAAGUCAUUCCUAGCGAUUCCAAACCUGCUGAUUUUUGGAGCCCUAUUAUUUUCCCCCUCGUUGGAAGCUCCCCCGAACCCCAUAGCCUUUGCCUGUUUCUUUAGCUGCUUAAUCGCAGACCCGCUUCUUGACAUCUACUUCAGUGGCCUUUCGGUGACCGAGCGGUGGCAACCCUAUCUGUUCCGUGGACGGCUUUGCAGAAGGCUCUCGGUCAUUUCAAUUGCAUUGGUGGAAUUUGCCUUUUUCGUUCUUUGCGCUUUUAAACUUGGCAACUCUUACCUCUGGUACUUUGUGAUUCCGGGAUUUUCCAUUUUUGGAAUUUUCUGGGUGAUUUGCCACGUUAUUUUCCUUAUAACCCUUUGGGGGUUCCAUACCAAAUUAAAUGACUGUCACAAAGUCUAUGGCACUCACAGGGUAGAUAACAACAGCCUCGAUCGAAUCAUGGCCUCUAAAGGAAUGCGUCACUUUUGUUUAAUUUCAGAACGACUUGUCUUUUUCAGCCUUCUUGCAACAGCAAUUUUGGGUGCAGUAUCUUGGCAGCCAAACAAUGGAAUUUUCCUGAGCAUGUUUCUCGUUGUUUUACCCCUGGAAUCCAUGGCUCACGGUCUUUUCCAUGAACUGGGAAACUGUUUAGGAGGAACAUGCGUGGGGUACGCUAUUGUGAUCCCCACCAACUUCUGCAGCCCAGACGGGCAGCCAACGCUUCUCCCACCUGACCACGUGCAGGAGUUGAACUUGAGGUCUACAGGCAUGCUUAAUGCUAUCCAGCGAUUUUUUGCGUAUCACAUGAUUGAAACGUACGGCUGUGACUAUUCUACGAGCGGACUUUCAUUUGACACGCUGCAUUCCAAACUCAAGUCUUUUCUGGAACUGCGGACUCUGGAUGGCCCCAGACACGAUACUUACAUUUUAUAUUAUAGUGGUCAUUCCCAUGGCACAGGAGAAUGGGCCCUAGCAGGGGGAGACGUAUUAAGCCUGGACACCCUUUUAGAAUGGUGGAGAGAGAAGAAUGGGUCUUCCUGUUCCCGACUCCUCAUUGUGUUAGACUGCGAGAACUCCACGCCUUGGGUUAAGGCAGUCAGAAAGGUCGAUGACCAGUAUGUUGCGGUGCAAGGAGCAACGAUGGCCAAAGUGGUGGACGUUGAAGAAGCCGACCCUGUUCAGCUAGGCGAUUUCACCAAGGAGUGGGUAGAAUACAACUGUAACCCAAACAACAUCAUCAGCUGGACCGAAAAGGGACGUACCGUGAAAGCGGCGUAUGGGGUGUCCAAACGCUGGAGUGACUAUACGCUUCAUUUGCCAACCGGAAGCGAUAUGGCCAAGCACUGGAUGCUUUACUUUCCCCAUAUUACCUAUCCAUUGGUGCACUUAGCAAACUGGUUUUGUGGUCUGAAUCUUUUCUGGGUGUGCAGAGUUUGCUUCAGGUGUUUAAAAAGAUUUAAAAUGAGUUGGUUUCUUCCUGCCGUGCUGGACACGGGACAAGGCUUCAAACUUGUCCGAUCAUAAUCGGGAACCAGAGGUGGGACGUGAUCUGGGAGACGUUAUCUGGGUGUCCUCGCAAUCAACCGCAACUAAAUGGCCAUUGUUACUUUCGGAUGAUAUUCUGCUACUUCCAUUGCCCCCACUGAUUUAUCUUAAGCAGUCGCAGUAUAUGCAAGGGAUUGGAAUCUAAAUCGAUUGCUGUUAAAAAUGGUUUUCGUGUAGCGGACUUGCUUUCAAGUUUAGGGCAAGUUCCAAAGAUCUAUUAGAGGUCACCACACCUUUGGAGAGCUAGAAAGCUCAUUGCUCAGAAAGCAGUCCGCUUUCCCUGCUCAGAACUCACCAGCAUCACCCCUCAGGCCCUGUUUGUCUAGCUGCUGGAUUAGCGAAGAGCAGGGGUAGUUGGCUACCGCUGUUGGACCACUGUGGCCAUGAAAGGCCUUCCUCUGGGACUAGAGUCACAGACUGAGUCGAAUCUCUUGUCGCAAAAGGAUCGCAAACCCACUCUCCCUCGGAUGGGAAUUGGGAAUGACUCUUCUUCCCAACACCAGUUUUAAGUCACAAAGACUAAGCAGACCGGCCUGGCUCAAAUGUCUGCUGGAUCUGAUUUCCACGAUUAAAAUCUGAAAGUAUUAGAAAGGCUCCCAAGGACCCAAAAUGAUCCAUUUGGUUAGCGAUCCCGACAGUUCACGCAGGCAGCUCCUGCCUUCGCAGCGGGCAAUAUGUUGAUCGCAGGAACUGGGUAACCUUACGGGGCUGUUAUCUCAGGGUUAUUUAAUGGUUUUCGUGCCAAAAAAAAAAGUUCCUGGAUGCAGAUUUUGUUCAUAGACGGUGCUUUGGAAAGAUCACGUAUUUUCCAAGUGGGGAUUUGAGCUGUAUGUGAAAAGGAUUUUCCACCUUAUUGACACUCAGCAAUCCUCCCUUAAAAUUUCUCUUUUAAAUCUUAUUGCAAAUGUAUUUGUAGCACUGUCUUGCUAAAACAGGUAAGGGGGAGGUGAUUUUGCCCUAAACAUGGAGUCUGUUCAGCGUGGCAGUUGUGAUGGUGCCAAAAGUAAGUUUUAGCUUUAGGCUAAGCAUGUUUUUGAGGAAAUCUGUCACUGCCUAAUGAGAUCGGGCAGCUGUGGAGUCUCCAGUCACAUGCCUCAGGUCCCAUUCAUAUUCUUAAUCUUGAGAUACCAGGUAGGUUUUAGCUAGCACAGUGAGUAGUCAAAUUCUUGAGGUCCAGGUGAAUGUCUGAUUUUGGGGUCUGUUGCCACUGCUGCUUAUUUAAAUUAGGAAGUUCCUUAUAAUGAAGGAUCAUUUCUUCAGCUUCCAAGAAAUCAAGUAGUGCCUCGACCUUGGUCUCUUCCCUCCUCUUGAGGAUUUACUUAAGUAAUAUGUCAGAAAAGGACACACACCCCUUUCCCUGAAUCACUGCUCUGGGCCCUUCACGUUUUCAUGUGGGGUAUGUUAGUAAGCAUAAUGCACUGUCUUAGACAUUGUUUUCCUAGUGUCUAAGACAAUCUGUGAUCCAUUUCUUUAAGUUUUUAAUGACAUCUGCUGUUAUGGUUUGAAGCAACUGAAAAGAGUCAGGGUGAAUGCAGGCUAAAUCCUUGAGGCCUCAAGGUGUACACAAUGGUCUGAAUUUUUCAGUUAUGUCAGGCCCUAAAAUAAAUCCCAUUUGCCUGAAAUACUCGGAUAAGGAAGGCCAAAUUAUAUUUUUUCCAAGAUAUAAUUUUCCCAGCCUCUGACACUUGACAUAUCCCUCUUUUAGGCUUUAAGAGUAGUCAUUCUAUUUUUGAGUGUGGACGGCUCUUUGUUGAAAAAAUAUUUUGCCGAUUUGAGGAAUGAUUUGAAAGUGCCAUGUAAUGAGACUAGACAGUUUGUGGUAGUGGAAUUGAGGCAAACUAGUGGCUACCCCAAGAGCCGAAUUAUCCAGUAAGCUAAACAUCCUUCCGCAAAUUCCCCCUAAGAUCCUGUAUCAGGAAAAGUAGUUUAACAAGAAAGUGUCUCUCUGCAACAGAAAGGCAAAUUUCCCCACAGCCUUAUGUUUCGAGCUGUCGCUCUUGUAGCCACAAAGAUAUGUUUCUGAAGACAAAGACUAAACAGGAAUCACAUGUUUCGAGUCACUUAAAGUCAAAGAUACUUUCGGUUGUUUUUUGAUAAGUUUUAUAAAUUCUGGCGGGUAGCGCUGCUUCUGGAGACCCUAGGUCAAGAAAGUGAUGCUGAGGGAGUGUGACUUGAGCUCCUUGCCUAUUGGAGCCGGGUUUGGAAUCACUCCUGCCAAAGAAAGCGAGAUCUCUCAUCCGAGACUCAGCUAGAAGCCGCAGCUCUGGGAAUGUUAUUGAGGCUGCACCGUGGAUUAGAGGAAGCCCAGUGAGAAACAGUAUAUUUGCCAAGUGAUCCGUCCAGGGAAUUAGAGAAAAAGAAAGAUGGAGGUUUGAAUAUACUGAGUCGUCGGUGAAGGUAUCGUACUUCCGCGUACUCUCUAGGAAGAGAUAUAACUGUAGAGUUAUUAUUUUUCAGAUCCUUCGGUAUCGGUUUCAGGUACCUUAAAGCAAACCUUCCACCUCACCGAUAUCAGCUGCUCCAUCCAGCGUAACUGGACAGCUCCCCUCAAACCGGGUUGUUGAGGUGGGACUGGAGUGGUCCGCGAGCAGAGGCUGUAAGAAUUGGCAGGUGGAGCGUAGGUGACACGCACAAAGCCCCAAGUCAUCUAUCCUGUUUCGAUUUUUUCAGUCAUCCUUUUGGAAAGUUGGUACUUGUCUUUUAUUACAAGACGAAGCCGUUCUUCCCGUGAUGGCUUGGAUCGCCGUUCCGUAGCUCCGUCGCUCGCACUUCCUGCGUUUCCAUCGUUCACAACUACACGGUGUUGUGGUAAAGCCCUGUUUCCAGAAAGGCCACUUUACAACCAGCGUUUUCUUAGAAGAGUAUACUUUUAAAGAGACUGUUCAUUAAAAACAUAUUUGAAUUUCA